GAAAGGGGCAAUUCAGGUUGCUGAGGCUGUGACUGGCUUUGUGGUCCUGGCUGUGUUGACUCUUCUCUGGAUGCUUUGGAUAAACUGGUGGACAGCUGAGAGCUGCCCUCUGUCAGCAGAGUGCCGGUGUCUGCAGCCUCCAGCUGUACAUGGGAUCUUGUUUGCUGACAACUGGGAACAUUUUUGGAUGGAGCAGUUGUGACUCUACUGAAGGUUUCUUGUGCUAAUUCACUCCUAAUUACCAAAGGCUGGCAAUUUGACCCUGGCCAAUGUAUAUAGCACUUACCUCAACUCCACCAGAAAUGAAUGCCAACAGUAUGCCUAAACAAGUCGAGGUGAGGAUGCAUGAGAGUCACCUGGAGCCCAUAGAGCCCAGGCCUCAGUCCAGAUGUGCCAAACUCUGCUCCAAAAUGUUCAAGAACCUUCUGCUCACACUCACCGUACUGGGUGUGAUCUUGGGAGCUGUAGCGGGGAUGUUGCUUCGUGUUGCUGCCCCAAUCCACCCAGAUGUCGUCAUGGUGAUUGCUUUUCCUGGAGACAUCCUGAUGAGGAUGCUGAAGAUGCUGAUCCUGCCACUCAUCAUCUCUAGUUUAAUCACAGGUCUGGCCGGUUUGGAUGCCAAAUCUAGUGGUCGCCUGGGCACCAGAGCUAUGGUCUACUAUAUGACCACCACGGUUAUUGCUGCUGUCCUCGGAGUCAUCCUGGUGUUAGUCAUCCACCCUGGCAACCCCAAAUUGAAGGAGGGCUUAGGCGAGGGCGAGAAAAAUGACGAUGUGUCCAGCUUAGAUGCCUUCUUUGAUCUUAUCAGGAACCUGUUCCCAGAGAACCUGGUGCAGGCUUGUUUCCAACAGAUCCAGACGGUUACCAAGAAGGUGGAGGUGGUUGUUGAGGAGGACAUCAAUGCCACCGCUGUGGAAGGGCUGGUGGCUAACAUUACCAUGGAACCUCAGUAUGUCAUCAAAAAGUCCCUGCAGUACAAAAGUGGCAUGAAUGUUCUGGGUGUGAUUGGUUUCUUUAUUGCAUUUGGCAUCUGCAUGGGCAAGAUGGGAGACAAGGCCAGACUCAUGAUCGACUUCUUCAACAUCCUCAAUGAGAUUGUGAUGAAACUUGUCAUCAUGAUCAUGUGGUACUCUCCCUUUGGUAUUGCCUGUCUGAUCUGUGGUAAGAUCAUCUCCAUCAAGGAUCUGGAGGUGGUGGCCAGGCAGCUGGGCAUGUACAUGGUGACUGUGAUUGUUGGCCUCAUCAUCCACGGGGCAAUCUUCCUGCCUAGCAUCUACUUUAUUAUCGUCAGGAAAAACCCCUUCACCUUCUUCUUGGGCAUCUUCCAGGCCUGGAUCACUGCUCUGGGGACAGCCUCCAGUGCUGGUACACUGCCUGUCACCUUCCGUUGUCUGGAAGAGAACUUGGGUAUUGACAAAAGAGUCACUCGUUUUGUGCUUCCAGUUGGUGCCACAAUCAACAUGGAUGGAACUGCUUUGUAUGAGGCUGUUGCAGCCAUCUUCAUUGCCCAAAUGAACGGUGUCGUUCUUGACCCGGGUCAGAUUGUCACUGUCAGUUUGACAGCCACCCUGGCCAGUGUUGGAGCAGCCAGUAUUCCCAGUGCUGGCCUGGUUACUAUGCUGUUGAUCCUGACUGCUGUAGGCCUGCCAACCCAAGACAUCAGCCUGCUGGUUGCUGUCGACUGGCUGCUGGAUCGAUUCAGGACCUCAGUGAAUGUGGUGGGUGACUCUUACGGUGCAGGCAUCGUGUACCACUUGUCCAAGGCGGAGCUUGAUGAGCUGGACGCGCACAUGGCUAAGUCUGAUGACAUCGAAAUGAUGACGAAGACCCAGUCUUAUUACGACGACAUGAAGAACCACCACGAAAACAAUUCCAACCAGUGCGUCUUAACCGCUACCACAGCCACUACCUCCACAGCUAACAAUUCUGUCAUAGUAGAUGAAUGCAAGGUAACCUCAGCCACUAACGGAUCUGCUGCGGAGUGCACGCUUGUUGAAGAGGAACCAUGGAAACAUGAAUAAUGGCAGCACAGAGAUCCCCUGCUCCUGGGCUCCACAAGCUUUCAUAUCUGGUGAUAAAAAAAAGAAUGAAUGAAAAAAGGUCACACAAACAGAACUACUAAGUUUUUUUAUGUAGUUUAGCUUUUUAUUAGUCCCUUUAAAAGUUUUUGUAACUGUCUAUCUGACUGAUAUAUAAUACUAAUUCACUUAACCGUGAAACAAUAACAGAGGUAUACUUCUGAUUCUGAUUCUUUACCUGUUAGAGCACAGUUAUGUCCUACAGUAUAUUGCAGAUACUUGCACAAUGUACUUCAAGUCUUGGAGAAGGAAGGAAGAGAAAAAAUGUUAGAUAAGCUGUUCUUAGCAUUAUGUCCUGGUUCUAUAUUAUAAGAUGAGAGGACAGGUUUCAUGCAGGUGAUUCAUUUUUCCAGUGUGAGGGGAUGAGCAAGAGUUCAAGCAUUCACCAUGGCAAGCGAUGUAAUGUUUGAGCUGAACUUCCCUGCCAGUACGGCCACAUACAGAAUGUGUGACAAGGCCACUGCUUUUCCUCUUCAGCUCAGUCUCUCAUCUAAAAACAUCUCUUAGCUGCUAGAGCCUUUGAAGUGCAUCAGACUGCGUUGGCCCAAUGUUGCCCACUGUCCCAGAGGUCCAGCAAACUGAUGCGUAGCAGAAAGAUCAAUAACGAAUAGGAAAACCAUGCCGAGCCUUAUAGCCUACAAGCACCGUCACCGUAGAAGUUAUAAGCACAAAUCCAGCAGAAUAACAUCCACUACCACAAGCCUCUUUUUUUUUUUAUCCCCGUUACUUUUCUUUUUUAAACUACUGUUAUGAAAAGGGACUUUUUUUUCUUUGUGUCACCAGCUGAGUGGGUUAGAAACAUUUCUGUGUGUGUGUUUGCAUGUGUGACAGAGAGCGAGAGGGUUAAGAAGUCAGUUAUAGGGACCAAACAGGCAGAAAACUGCCUUCAUGACACACAAUGCAUUUUUAAGUUUUCUUCCAUUCUAACUCUGGUACAGUUGCUUGAUGUUACCACUUUCUUCUGAUAAAACUUCUAAACUUAAGCAAAAAAAAAAAAAAAAUCACUGCCCUAAAUAUGAAGCUUUUUACAAUACUCUCCCUUUUACCAAAAAUAACUUUGUGAUGCACUGAAAUUUAAAUUAAAUUAGCAUCAACAUAAUUAUUAUGAUGAUAAACAAUAAUAAAUAAUUGACCUAUCUGGAAAAAAAAAACUGUUGCACCAAAUAUAUAGAGCACAAACAAAUCGACAGAGCACAAAUGCCAGUGAAGAUAAUGAUAAGUCAGUGGCAUAAUCACUAUGUCAUGCACAUUAUUGUUCCAUGUCGACACUGACUAUAAGUGUGUCAAAUAAAAAAUAAAAAACACACAUUAAGAUUCUCAGGCUUUCAUGUUUACUCCUUUAUAGGGGAAAAUGUAAUCUUAAAAUGUUUACUUGCUCCAACUAGAGCUUUUCAUCUUAAGAAAAUGGCCUCUUAACUGCACAUCUGUGGAAAGUUGCAAAGGUCUUUGUUGAAAAAAACUUGUAUGAUGUGAUAAUAUGACAGCACACACACACUUAUUCAGUCCACAUGCCAGCUGUUGAAUGAUCCUGACUUUGUGGACUAUCUGAAAUCACAGACGUGGCCAUUAUUGAACACUGAAAAAGUACACAAGGCAAACUACCAGAAAAACCCUUUAAAAAGACAAGGGCGAAGAAGGGGUGCUCGGCUGUCAGUUGGAUUCUUAGCUCGCAUAAACAGAGACAGAUAAUUUAUAAAACACUCCUUGGAUAGGCUUGCCAGCUUUUUGUUCAGCCAAACCUAAAAAUGUGAAGAAUAUAUUUUAGCCACCAGAGCUCAUGACUGUUUCUACAAACCCUGGAUGCUGCAGCUGUGUGUCCAUUUUGGCAAAAAAAACUAAGAACAGAACAAGGGACACAUAUGAUGCAUUAUACCAGAAUGUUGCCAACGAUCAGGUAAAAUAUACAGUUUAUAUAUGUAUAUUCCUCUCAUAGAACCAAAUGGCUUUAAAAAGAUUCACAAACAUACAAACAGAGCUGGACUACUGGCUGUUAAUCUUUUUUAGCCUGUGUGAGUGAGAGGUGAGAUUUCUGUGAUGUCAGUGUGGAUUUGAUUUUUUAUUCAUCAGUAUUGUGUCCUUCUCUCUUGUCUAAUUACUUUGAUUUGUGUUUGACAACCUUGCCUUGAAGAUGUUCUCUUAAGACAGAUGCAAACAACAGAUGCCAAUUAAAAUAACACAAGUUAACAAAACAUUUAGUGCUUAGACUGUCCUUUAGUUCCUGAAACACACUUCCAGCAUCUUUCACUGCACAAACUGAUGACACACAACCAUACACACUAAAUCAAGCAUGCACACACCCUCUCACAUGUUCAUAGACACAGACAUAUUCUCAUACUUUUUAAAUGCACACAUAUAGACCCAUGCCAAACAUUUAAACCUUGAAGAUCAUUAUGUUUAGAAUUACGAUCUGAAACAGCACUGACAACCGGGCCAGGCCUUGUGAGCCUGACCUUUCGACCUUGUGAUCUUCAGGAAGAAAUCGUUCCAGUGAGGAGAGAAUGCAGACCAUGUCACCAAUGGGGAUUGAGUGUUGAACCACUAUUAUGUUCAAACUCAUGGUUUUAGAAGCAUGAAUAAAAUAAAAUGAGAUUAUUUUUUUGCACCACUAUCUUAAAAGCAUGAUAUUUUGAAGUGCCUCCUUGCACUUUGUGUAUAUAUUGUAGGUAACAGAUUGGUUCUUUGCUUGUUUUGUUCCUUUUUGUUGUCUUUUCGGGGGCAUUGAAAUGAAAUGUAGGAGUAUAGUUUCAUUGUGUGACAUUUUUAAUGUAAUCCUCUAGAAAAGAAAUUAUAUCAUCUGUUCUGAGUAAAAAUAGAGUAGACAAAAGGUAUAGAAAGGAAAUUGUGGCAUAAAUUGCUUGUUUUUUAUUCCCUAAUAGCUGUUAGCUUGUUGUUUUACUUACCAGUCACACUCCAAUAUAUAAAUAUCUUUUUUAUUCUAAUGUAAGCAUUCUGAAUGUUCGUUCCAUGAAGAUAUACAGUAAUCAGUGUGCAUUCAUUUUCACUGUACAUAAAUAAAUAUACAGUAUAACUGUUCUGUUCAGUGGCAACGCAGAAUGUUCCAGAAAUUACAGUGAUUCUGUAGCCAAUACUGUCUGCAUGAAGAAGUGAAAGAAAGAAAAAAAGCAAAGGGACGUUUGGUAGGGGGCCAACAUUAGUUAUUUUGCUGGGAAUUACUGUGAUACAUUGAAGAAGAGAGAGA